AUGGAGCUCCACAUGGAGCAGCUGCGGCAGAUCGUCCGCCGGGCCGAGAAGCGCCAUGGCCAGACGCAGCAUCUCUCGCUCGUGCAGGUGCUCGAGGCCGCUGCGCUCGAGCAGCACCCGACCUCGACGCAUCGAGAUCUGCACCGGUCGCUCCUCACGCUGGCCCUCGACCCCGAAGAGGACUGGUGGAAGAAGCUGUCCCGGCUGGCGUCGACACGUCCAAGCCGACGAGCACCGUCGCGGGAUCGAACUGCGUCGGUCGACCGCUUCUCCGACGUCCUUUCCGCGACAACAACGUCGCAGCGGACGACAAUGACGGUGAAGACGAGCACGGACGGACGCCGUGCGCGUUCGGCCAUGCACGUCACCGACAAGAUGACAGCCACACGCGCACCGGUCGUUGUCGUCGAUACGCACUCGUACGAGAGCUUCCGCCUGCUCUCGAUGACCUUUACCCACUGGACGCGCUAUGCGCCUGCCCCCAUCCAGCUGCGCUGUCUCUUUCGGUGGCUCGACACAACGUUGCCGACAGCAGAUCCGACAGCACUGGGAUCGACGCUGGCGUCGCUCGCGCUGACCAAGUCGCUGGACGUCACGUCCAAGCGCAUGGCACUCUUGCUCCACGCCGAUGCAACCUUGCGCACCUGGGUACUCCUCAAGGUCUGGCGAGCAUGGAUCCAGCAUGCACGCGCCGACCUCCAUCGCCGAGUCACGGUCCAGCACCGCUUCUACGACGCUCGGCACCGAGACGCACGCGAUCUGCUGCGUCUCUGGCACCGCUACGUGAUCGCUGUCGCCCCUAAAGAGCGGACGCCCUUCGCCUUCGCGCUGCAGACCACGCAUACGUGCUGCACGAACAGCAGCCGCGCUCGAGCCGACGCAGAUGCAGCCAUCGCUGCCACUCGCCGACUCGCGCAGGCCUUUCGCGCGUGGAAGACCGGCACUCUUCGGCAGCAAGAGGCUGCGUGGCGCGGCCACCAAGCGCGCUGUCGCCGCACCUUGUGUCGAUGGCGGACGCUCUGCCUGCUGCACAAGGCGCGCCGACGCCGGUUUCUCCAAACGACAGUCGCCUCUGCCUUUCGACGCUGCGACACGCUGCGCUGGGUCGCGCGCUGGCGAGCGUCGACGGCCACUGCCCUGCACACGCAGACAAUCGACCUGCGCCGGGUGCAAACAGUGCGAAGGCGGCGCUUCUGGCGGCACUGGAAGCGCCGUCGGUUGCACGCGACCAUCGCCUCUGUCUUUCACGCGCAGAUGGCGUCGCAUACAAAAGCCGGCGCGCUAUUGCUCUGGCAACGCUUUGUCGUUCAACGGCAGGCGCGGCACGCGAAAUGGAUGGCAGCGUGGGCGUGUCACCAUCGCCACCUGCAGCGGCGCACCUUGCGGCGCUGGCGCGAGACGCGACAGCAUCAGCAGCGCAUGGCGAGCCUUCUGGCUACCGCUCUUUACAACCACCUUGGUCGCACCUUUGGCACGUGGCGUGCGAACGUCCACUCGAGAAUUUGA